CCUAACCUCAAAAUCAAAAUUUUUAAAAAACUAUGGAGAAACUAUAUAAAAACAUUUGUAGAAUAUGUUUAUUGGAAUCAAACGAUUUAGAAGAUUUAUUUCUUAUCAACAUAUCGAAAGAGAAUUCAGUGUACUUAGUAAAUUUUAUAAAUCAAAUAACAUUCUUAAAUAUAACACAAAAUGAAGAUGAAUUUAACAAAAUUUGUUUAAAUUGCAUCAAUAGUUUCUGUAAUACUUAUAAUUUUAUACAAAUGUGUAUAGCGAACGAUCAAAAGUUGCAACAAAUAAUACAUUCUAAAAAUAAUAAGAUUCAAGGUGAUGGAGAUUUUAAAAAAUCACAAAAAGAACAUAAGUGCAAUUAUUGUGAUAAAUUGUUUAAGACAAUAUCGGAUUUAAGAGUACAUAAGAAAUCAUAUCAUAUGGGAAACAACUACAUUUGUCAAGUUUGUGGGGAAAAAUUUAAAUAUUCUUAUUUAUUAGAAAGACACGUUUUUAAACACGAAGAUAAAAAGCCCUAUGAAUGUAACAUUUGUAAAAAAGGGUGUUUAACUGCAGAAAGUUUAAAACGGCAUGAAAGAAUCCAUGAUAUAAACAAUAUCAAGAAGACUCAUUGUUGCCCAAUUUGCUCAAAAUGUUUUCCAUAUUCAAGCACAUUAUUAGAACAUAUGAAAAACCACACAGGUCAUAAACCCUUUUUAUGUACUGUUUGUGGAAAGGGUUUUAGACAAAAUAGUUCUUUGGGAAUCCAUAUGAGAUCUCACAAUGGAAUUCGACCAUAUAAAUGUGAAAUUUGUGAAGAUACAUUUUCACUAAGAGGUGCUUUAAAUGUACACAUAAAAAGGCAUUCAAAUGAAAGACCAUUUAUAUGUGAUACAUGUGGAAUGGCUUUUAAACAUUCCACAGAUUUAAGAGGACACAAAAAUAUUCACCUUGGAAAAAGAAUUUUGUGCACAGUUUGUGGUAAAAAAUUAUCAACAACAGGACAAUUAACAGUACACAUUAGAACACAUACGGGAGAAAAACCAUUUUCAUGUCUGUAUUGUUCUAAAUGUUUUACUACAAGAAGUAUGCUUGUUAAACAUGAACGAAUUCAUACUGGAAUCAGACCAUAUCAGUGCCAUAUUUGUCAUAAAGCAUUUAACCAGAGUGGAAUUUUAAAGAAACAUCUUAAAACUCAUAAUGGAAAGGGAGAAAUUAAAACUGAAAUUGGGACCAUUGAUAUAGAAAAUGCUGAAAUUAUUAUUGAUGAUAAUAAUACUAUAGAUAAUAAUGCUAAUUUUGAUGAUAAUAAAAGUAAUGAGGAAGAGGUUGGAAGUGAAUGUGUGGAAGACAAAGAUGAUGAAGUUUUGUAA